AUGGCGCGUGAGCCGGAGCCAGUGACCUUAGUGGCCACUGAGGGUGUGCGGAACCUGGAGAACCUGCAGUACACUGCCGCAAUCCUUUUGGGAUCGCCACCUCAGGAAGCUCGAGUGGUCUUUGAUACAGGCUCUUCGGACCUCUGGGUGGCUGCUCCAUACUUUAGCGUGCGGACGUCCUUCACGUGGCAGCCCACAAAUUUCCAGGUGACUCUGACUUAUGGCAUCGGCGUGGUCACCGGCAGUUACGGCGUGGAUCGCGCCUGCUUGGACUCAUCUCCCAAGCCACUGUGCGUGGACAGGCAGCCGUUGCUUUUGGCCACCCAAGUGAAGCAGAUCGAUCUGCAGGCCAUGAACGGCAUACUUGGCCUCGGCUUUGUGGGGAUCUCCCACGUACAAAACACCUUCCUGAGGAACCUCAACAGGAGCUUCGAGGACCUGAGCUUCGGCUUCGCCCUGCGCACGGAUCCCGAGCAGUCCUUCGUGGUCUUCGGGGAUUACCCGGAGGUGAUGCGCAAGGGCUACGAGACGACGGGUAUUUCAGCAGACUCCGUGGUGCAUGCGGACGUGCUUGACCUCUUCAGGAUAGAAGGGCUGGCAGAUUUGCAAGCUGGUUGGUGGCUUGUCCGAGCACGUGCACAGGCCUCAUGCCGGUCUUCGGACAAGUGGUACGCGCGGGAGCUGCUGCUCCUCCACAGCUUGUUCCAGCUGGCGGUGGUGAUCCUUUGCAUAACUCUGUGCAGACGCUGCCUGAAGAAGCAGAUCGUCCUUCAGAGAGAGCGGAUCAGCUGUUGCCAUCGCUAUUGCGGCAGGCUGAGCAUCGUGAUGUGGUCCUGCUGCCUCCUGUUUGGCGUGCUGGUGAUCUUCGGGGCGGUGGUCCAGAUCACCACCGCCGGAGACGUGGAUCAGCCCAUCUUGGCGGCGCUGGACACCGGCACCUCGCUCAUCGCCAUCCCGGCAGGGGACUUCGAGCCGGUGGCGGUGGCGAUGUUCGGCAGUGACUUCUUCGAGAACUGCGGGGUGUCCAAUGGAAACCUGAUUUGCAGUUGUGACGUUGCACAGCGAGCCAAAGCCCUGACCAUCGUUUUCGGCGACAAGAGCAUCGUGCUGAAUGCUGCUGACAUGUUCGAGAAGGUCGGGGUCUCUGAGCAGGUGCCCAUUUGCAUGUCUGGCCUGGCGUCCACGCCGGGCGGCGUCCCUUUCUGGAUAUUGGGAGAUGCAUUCCUGCGACAGGUCUACGCCGUGCAUAGCUUCACCUCCAGGAAGGUGGCCUUGUUUCCCUACCGACCGGAGGUCUCCGCUUCAGAAGCGGCCGCUUCGGAUCUGUUUCCGUGUCCCGUGGCGCUGUCGCUGGCGCUCGAGUUCUUGGGCUUCAGCUUGGCGCUGGCCUUCGCGCCGCGCCGACCCCUCGAGUUCGGCGAGCCGCUGGUGUCAGCGCCAUAUGAGCAGCUCCAACUCUGA